CUGACUUAUUGCGGGCGGAGCGGAGAAAGGUGACGAUGUGAUGUUCGGAUGACUCGGGAUUCCUGAUGUUCUCCAAUACGCGCUAGCGCGAGGCGCCUGGAGCGACGCACAGCGCGAGAGAAACUUGGUCGCGGCGGCUCGCGAUCCUUCUGUUCCCUGGCGCAUCUCCGGGCGGCGUGGGCUUCGCCUCCGACUGAGAGACGAGGCAGGGUGUCCAGGGCAAAUCCGCCGCCGGGGGGGGGCUGGAUGGUCGUCCCGGGUGGCCGCUCUCAGCUCGGGGGCCACUGAGGUGCCGCGAACUCCACGCCGUGGGCUCCACUCAUCCAGCGCGUGGCUCCUUCGCAGCGCUCCUCCACGCUCAUCAUCAUGAUCAUCGUCGGGCUGCUGCUCAGCGUUUUCGUCCGUGGCAGCGCACAGGCCUCCGCACCCUUCUCCGCGCCUGUCAUCGACUGCCUGGAUGCGGUGGCGGGCUGCGCCUCGGACCCCGGGUGCGAGGCCCUGUACCGGGUGCUGGAGUACUGCGCCUCCGAGGAGGCCGUGUCCCCCCUGGGGCCCGACGCCGGGCGCGAGUGCCUGGAGGCCCGGAACUCCCUGCAGCAGUACCGCCCCCUGCUGUCCUGCAAGUGCCACCGUGGCUCACGCAUGGAGGAGGCGUGCCUCAGGGUCUACUGGAACGUGAGGUUCUCGCAGGGCUUUGAUGAGUACGAUUCGUCUCCAUACGAGGACUUUGAACUGGAGCUGGUGAGACACAUUGAAAUGUCACGCAUGGCAUCCAUUGUGGCAGCCUCCUCUCUCCCCCCGAACGGGCAGAACCAGUGCUUGAAGGCGGCGCAGGACUGCGGCCUGUACGAGAAGUGCGGCUCGCUGCGCUCCGAGUACGUCCUCGCCUGCACCAAGAGGGCGCCCGGCUCCGACCACUGCAACCGGCAGAAGUGCCACCGGGCCCUGCGGCGCUUCCUGGAGCGCGUGCCCGAGGAGUACAGCUUCGGCGUGCUCUUCUGCCCCUGCACCGACACGCUGUGCGGCGAGCGACGCCGCAAGACCAUCGUGCCCUCCUGCUCCUACGAGGAACGCAACGGAAAGCCCAACUGCCUGAGCCUGCAGAGCUUCUGCCUGAAGGACGAGCUGUGCAGGUCGAGGCUGGCCGAUUUCCAGCAUAACUGCCAACCCUCCACGCUGUCGCCCUCGGGCUGUCUGAGAGAGAGCGGCGCUGUGUGUCUGAAGGCCUACGCCGGACUCAUAGGCACCAUCAUGACACCCAACUAUGUGAGCAACAGCAGCGUGGAGGUGUCACAGUGGUGCAACUGCGAGGGCAGCGGGAACCAGUGGCAGGACUGUUUCCGCAUCCUGCACAUGUUCAACAACAACGGCUGCCUGCGAAACGCCAUCAGUGCAUUGGGCAGCUUGCCCCCCCGGCCGGUGGAAAGCACCCCGCCCCCGCCCCCCCGGCCGUCCCCUCGCAUCCAGCAGGAGGACGUGAACGGCAACGCUCUCCCGGAGCUCAGCACGGUGGAAAAGAGCGAAGAAGUGGAAGAGGAGGAAGUGGAGCCGCAGGAGGAGGGGGAGGAGGACGGCGGCGAGUUCAACGUGAUACCGCUCUACUCGGAGAAGGCCACCGAGUCCAACGAGCCUUCGGGAGCCCGGGGAGUCCACCGGGGGGGGCGCCGGCACCGCUGUGUCCAUGUUGCCUCUGCUGCUGCUGCUUCCCCUCACCAUCAUGCUGAGCUAAGGGUUGUGGUGGUCACCUGGACCCCCCUCUGCACCUCACCACCUCCACCUUGCCACACACACACACACACACACACACACACACACACACACAGAGAUGGUGAACAAGGAGUGGAGAAAGGGGGCUGCAGGAUGCAGAGCAGAGAAGUUGGGAAAGAGAGGAUGAGCGAUCCGAGGGACUGGGAACCACCCUCCCCCCUUCGUUGUUUUUCCUCCUCCCGUACAAAUCGUCCGUAGUGUGUAAACCUGUCAUUAACCGCCUUUUCUCCCGGCGCUCAGAAGGCUGUAAUCAGCAGGACAUGGAUGAGCAAACAGUCAAACACACUGCUGCGUAGCAAAGUAAGAGUAGAUAAGGUCACGUGUGGUCAGGGUGAAUCGGUGUGUCUCACACACACACGCACGCACGCACACACACACACACGCACACACACAUGCACACACACACGCGUGUCUGACGCAGAUCCCUCCAGCAUCCUCACAUCCCGUCACGCUUGUAGGAGUAAGAAAAAAAACAUUGCUAAAUGGUAAUAAUGGCUGCUGAAAAACAAGACGACAUAUUUUUGUUUGGAAUGAAUGACUAAUUUCAGCGUUUAAUCCGCAUUACGUUAUUCUGGCUGCGUAAGAGUCCUGGAAGCGGGAGGCGUUAUUCUUCAACACAGAUUUCCCCUCUUCGCUCUUUCUACUUCUCCGCGUCCCCUGCCCUUCGGACACACUUUCUUUUCGGGACGGUCCGUCUCUUUUUCUGCCGGCAUCAUUUCUGGGAGAGCCCGUCGACUCAAAGCCCACCGCACAUUUCAUGCUGCGAUUCGCGUUCAAAGACGAAGGGCACCGAUUCCACCGCCGCGGCUAACGCUCCCGGCCUCCGAGCUCUGCUGCUCCAGUUGGGACGUUGCCUUGAAGUUUGUAGGACAAUGGCUUAAAUAUACAACGUCGGGCCGAGUCGAGUUAAGGAAGGGAGCAGGGGGCAGAGAGCGAGGCAGAGCUGAGCCCGUAACGCUGAUAAACUGGACCCCCCCCACCACCACCACCCCCCAGUCCCCGUUCUCCCGGCUGGCGCGCACCUCCGACCCCCAGCUAUUAAACAUCAGAUACGGCAACCUUCCCUUUUAUCGCUUUAUCCGCCGCUCUCUUUAAUUUCGGCACUGCACGGGUCUGAGAGUUUAACCACAGGCAUCAAUAAGUAGGAGAAAACUUAAUAACAACAAAAGCAGAAACAAUAUGAGUAAUAAAACAAAAGAGGGGCGAGCGAGGCAGGGUUUCCACCGGCGGGGAGGAGGAACCAAUUUGGAUGCGUCCGGUCCCCUUUUCGGGAUGUUGUUUUAGUUUCGGACAGAUAAUAGGACCGCGGAGCAAAACAUUUAUCUUCCGCGGUGUUGGAAGGGCCGGCGCGAGGGGAGCGCGUGCGUCCGUGCGUGCGUGCACGCGUGUGCAUGUGCGAGAGAGCGAGAGGCAGAAAUGGCACGAGAGGCGGAAGAAGGAGCGGCGAAACGGUGGAGGCGGGAGACCCUGAAGCACAAACAAGGCCGCGGAGCGCCAGACACUCCCCUCGCUCUUCCCCCCGCCUGAUCAAUCUUUUGCUGACGCUAAUGUU